GGAAGCCAUUCAAUUGUCACAUGUGGAUCAUGAUGAGGGGAGGCUAUCGAUCUUUCUCUCCAGUCUGUCCAGUCGUUGGUCUAUAUCUAUCAGACGAUUCUCGAGUCGACGCGAUGCUGACACAUAGGCACACACACACACACACAGACAUAUUCCCUGUGCCAGAGUGCCAUUACUGUGAACACCUACUCAGUUCCAUCUCUCUCAUGAACCACACCAAAUCGUAAGAACCUGUGCGAAGGAGAAAUGUCACAACACGCGCCAAAGUGAGAGAGGAUACAUUUGAUGCACCCCCCACCCACAUCCCCAGCCACUCGCCGCUCACCGAGGAAGAAAUUGUUGUCUUGGAAUAUAUCAUCAGACUGCUCGAGAGGCCGGACAUACUUGCAGCCAUCCAGCGUAUCGCAAUCGUGCUCCAAGAUGUCUUCCAGGCUGAUGUACGACCAGAAUGCGCUCUUGUCCGGGUCGAACUCACGCGGCGUGCGUCCCGUGGCCCCAAAAUAAAGUUCUGAAUGACGAAUAAUCAGGACCAUUCUGUCCAGGUCAACGUAGUAGAGGAAACCGUGGAGGCCCCGCCCGUAGGUUCCAUCAUUGACUACCCCGAGCUGCAGCACCCUUUCCAGCGACCUGUUUUCCCCUCGAAGAAGAAUGGGUCAUCGCCUAUCUCUUCGUAGACCGUCUUCAGCUGCGCAACCUGGACACAAGACAAACAGCGCAUCCAAGACUUGACGGGCAAUGCAUGACCUGAUCUCACUCACUGACUGACUUGUCGCUUCCAUCUUGCCAGCGAAGGGUCUUCCUUCAAAGCCGCCUUGACCUCACUUAAUACCGAAUCUCCGAGGCCCGAAGGAUACCCAUCAUAGUUCUGCAGCAGACAGAAGCGCACAGGCUGCAUGGACGACACGAGAGAGGGAGGCAACCGACGGAAACCGCCUACGGUGUGAAAGCAGUACUUUCUUCCUUGAUAGAGGAACCCAGCGGUGCCGGGCAUCGUCAUCCUCACACACGAGCGACGCCUAAAGCGGUAUGGUGGCCUCACAGGACGGCUGCGGACGGCAUCGAGGCCUCUGGCGGAUGAGGGAUGAGUCGGCAACAGUGAGAAGCCGUCAAUGAGGGGAAGAAACGGCAAGAGAAGACAGAUGCGCAUCACAGACGACGGGGAAGAGGGCGAUAAAGCAGCCGAAACGAGUGACUUCCAGAACGACAGAACGAGUGACUUCUGAUCGAACUCAUUGCAGAUGGUUCUCUUCUCUCUUGUUCCUUUCUAAUCUUUGCGAACGGCAUGAAGGCAUUCCAUCCGCUCAGAAACCGGUUCGUUCGACCCCGAGAAGUCAUUUUACGUAAACCGAAAAGUGGGAACUCACUACACGCCACGGUGUCGGCUUUCGGGCGUUUCUCUGGUGUCCGAAAGUCUGGUAUCGGAACACACGAAUGCGCACGCCAAACCGAUGCAUGUGUCAGGAGAUAUCCCAUCGGCUGCCUUCAUUGCAUUCACAGGCCACAACAUUGUGGGGCUCGCACCAACUAAGCAGACCCCUCUCCUCUCCCAUCGUCAGCUCAGCUGACCAUCUCUCUUUUCACCGGAUACAGCGGCUCACACCCGUUCAGCCGCCAUAUGUCACACACAAGCACUGUGGCCACACUCAGCCACAUAGUCUGCGGCAAGAGGAUCCAGCCAGCAAUCGGCAAAGCAGCGAAGUACAGGCGAUUCGCGGCGAUGCUGCUCGCCAGGACAAGCAAGACGACCGAUGCUGCCGUCCCCCGUCUCCUGUCCACGUUCUGGAUCGUGUUCCAGGUGUCACCUGAAGACACUCAACGACAGACAACACACGCCCGUCCGAAGUGACAGGCAUAUGCGCUUUCAUACUCACUCACCGAUGGAGAGAUGCAGCAUCAGCGCAGCGAUGGGAGGCGUCAGGAAGGCACCUGCCUGGCGCCUGCAGAAGGCAUCAAGACAUGAAUGAGGCAGCAGCAGCAGCAGCAGCAGCCAUUUCCACUCACCAUAUCAAUGUCGACGAAAGCGUCCGCAGCAUGGCGAUGGUGCCCCACACAAAGGGAAACACGAUAGGUGGCGGCAUCCAUGAGGGCCUCGUCCCUUCAGCAAUUUCUUUCCGCUCGCUCAGCGGAGUUGGCCGCUGGUUGUUCAGCACCGAGAACAGACGUGAUCUCACCGCCAUCAGCGCGAAGAAGGAGGCAGUGAGGGCCGUCGGGACGAAGGACGGCAGGGAUGAGGGCAGGAGGGGCAUCCCCCGGUCAAGGGCGGCAAGAGUCACCAGAAUGCAUGCCCACUGUAGUGCUGCAGGCCACAUGCUGGUGCCGAAAUGUGUGAUCUGCUCAUCUGUUGUGUGCAUUGCUUACCCGUUGCGAGUAGGUACUUCGCCGUCGCACCGAUAUCCCAUUCUUUCCUGACAACUGCCUUCGUUUGUGCGGAUGGCUCACUCACCGCUGUGGAAGCAGCUCUCAUCUCGCUUCCAGUCCGCCGUCCUGCACACUGAACUGCUGCUGCAAACGAGGGGAUCUGAUUGAGGCAUCUUCUCGGCGUGAGAGGUGCGCUGGGAACGGUCUGAGGUGAUGAGUGAAAGGCGAGAGACGAGGACAAAGCGGCGAUCCAUACACACACGAGGGUCCAGCUGCUAGGCGCCAUCGUCGG